UGACGUCAGGGGCUGGGCACACAGGUGAACCGAGAAGGCGGAGCUUGGACGAGCUGGGAGGCGGGGCUGAAAGUUCCUUCUCCAGGGCCGGGGAAGAAGCAGCCAAUGUUUCUCGUAAAACAAGUAUAAAAUGAAUGACAGGAAGUACUCCAUCGUGACAGGCACCUUCUGUUUCCUCAACACUGUCCAGUUCCUCAUCUUUGAAGUGAAUGAGUUUGCCUUCUUUGGCUACGAAGAGACGUUCAGUGUCUACCAGGAGACCAAGUCUGAGCUGGUCUCUUGGGUUGUGACCCACAAGAAGAGCAUCAGCGUCGGCCUGUCCACCGUCACCCUUCUGGUCUGCUCCUUGCUCCUCUACUGCGUCCACGCCAAGAACUACGUGGGCAUGCUCUGCUACAGCGUGUGGAUUAUCAUCUAUGAGCUGCUCAGCCUCUCCAUCAUCCUGCUCGCCAACAGGGCCAUCAAAGAGCAGUUCAAGGAGCUGAGGUACCUGCGCUUGAUCUUCCAGAUCUCGCGGAUGCUGCUGCACUUGUUCUGCCUGCCCUUCGUCACCAAGUAUGGAUACUCCAUCUUCAAGGACCCCAGGGCUGUAAGCAAGAUUGGCCAACGCAGACGCUCUAGCAUCAGUACCGUUGAGUCGUGGCCACCCGUCAGGAUGGGAAGCUUGUACUACAAGAUGAACUGAACCAUGCCAGGAAGAAGGAGGUGAGGGCAACAGCACCCCCCAGGGAUGGCUCCCACUUCCCUGCCUGCCUUGGGUUGAUUCUGCUUACCUUUUCAGGGUUCUUGAGUUUUAAGUGCUUCAGAAUGGCCUUUGGGGGUGGGGAUGGGGGAAGGGAGGAUUGCAUGGAUCAAUUAUCAUACAUGUGUGUGUUUGUGACUUGUUUUAGCAUUUAAUUGUGGACUGCCUUUGUGUUUAUUUAAGCAUCUCUUUGGUGUAUGCUGUGGUCUCUCUCGGUACCCUGCUCUCUGCACAUCCGAAGUUUCUAACUUUUCUCUUGUGGAUUGCCCCACUGAUGCCUAGUUCUGCUGAGUCCUUUAUGAGCAGUGCUGCUCGAGAGAAAAAUCUGUGCUGAUGGGACUGUUGGAUAUCAAUGCUGACAACCGGUCACAUGUGGUUAUUGAGCACUGGGACAUGGCUAUUGAAAUCCAGGAAUCAAGUUUAAAAUUUUAUUCCACUUCAGUUAGUUUCCAUUGCAAGAGCCAUAUGUGACUGGCUGGUGGCCACCAUAUCAGAGAUUUUCAGUAAUCUGCAGCCUCAUUGUACUCCUGAGUAUUACCGUAGACCCCCUUUCCCGCUUCAUGCAUCACUCUGCUUUCCUCAUGAUGUUCAAAAAGCAGUUCCUCAUGUUGGUUCAUAAAAUGGCAAGAAGAAUCCCCAUUUAAGCAAGUUCCAUGAUUUCUCAACCAAAGCACUAUUGACAUCUUGGCCUGGAUAAUUCUGUCUCAUAGAGGGCUGUCCUGUGCGUCGUAGGAUGUCUAGCAGCCUCCCUAGCCUCCACCCACUAGAUGCCAGAAGCAUCCCCCAGCCUUGGGACAAACAGAAAUAUCACCAGGCAAUCCCGAAUAUUCUCUGGUGAGGGGCAAAACUGCCCCCAGUUGGCAACAACUGUUUUCAAGAAAUGUACCCCAAGCCCACUGAGAGCUUAAGCCACUACUCUAAUGGAGAGCAUCUUUUACUGAGAGCUCUUUACCUUCACCACUGUGUAUAAUUUUAACCCUAAUGUUCCCAUUUUAUGACUUGAUGAAAUUUGAGACUCAGCACUUAACUGAUACGAUCAAGAUCAUACAGUAUCAAAGCUCAGCAUUUGAAUCUAGAUCUUGUAACUUCUCGCGGAAAUGUCCUACUCCGUUCCCUGAAGUACUCUUCAGUUUCCGUCCAGUCGCUCAGUCGUG